AGAAGGAAGGGCACCCCCUGGCAGGGAGGCUGGAGCAAGAAAAAAGAGGAACUGGGCCAGGGAGAGCUGACUCAGUCUCUCUGGUCUCCUUUUUGGUCCUGGCCGACUGGAGGCCCGGUCUCUGUGCUCCUGCCCGCCGCCUCCCACCCCAGACCCCUCCUCCCCUCCUGCCGCUGCAGUUUCCUGUGGCUGAGACUCUCGCUCAGCCAUGAGCUCACCGCCCCUAAUGGGUUGCAGCUGCCUCGCUGCUCCAGCUCUAGCUACCCCCUCCUGGCCUCCGAUCGGACAGCCCACUUUGCCUCACCCCGCCACCCUCCACUCUCCCACCCUCCCACCUCCCCCCGCCCCUCUUUGCGCUAGCCGCUAGCCGGGUCCCCGGAACACUGGGGGGUCUGUCUGCUCGCCCACACACCUUGGGGCUGGGUCUCCGCGCUGACGCACUGAAUGUCCGACUCCGGAGUGGCUGCCCUGGCUUCUCAGAGGGAGCCCGAGCCAGUGGAAGACUGUGUGCAGAGCACGCUGGCCGCCCUGUAUCCGCCCUUCGAGGCAACGGCCCCCACAUUGUUGGGCCAGGUGUUCCAGGUGGUGGAGAGGACUUAUCGGGAGGACGCGCUGAGGUACACGCUGGACUUCCUGGUGCCCGCCAAGCACCUGCUUGCCAAGGUCCAGCAGGAAGCCUGUGCCCAGUACAGCGGUUUCCUCUUCUUCCAUGAGGGCUGGCCCCUCUGCCUGCACGAGCAGGUGGUGGUGCAGCUUGCAGCCCUGCCCUGGCAGCUGCUACGUCCAGGAGACUUCUACCUGCAAGUGGUGCCCUCAGCAGCCCAAGCACCCCGCCUGGCACUCAAGUGCCUGGCCCCAGGGGGCGGGCGGGUACAGGAGUUGCCUGUGCCCAAUGAGGCCUGUGCCUACCUAUUCACACCUGAGUGGCUACAAGGCAUCAAUAAGGACCGGCCAACAGGUCGCCUCAGUACUUGCCUACUAUCUGCGCCCUCUGGCAUUCAGCGGCUGCCCUGGGCAGAGCUCAUCUGCCCACGAUUUGUGCACAAAGGAGGCCUCAUGGUUGGACAUCGGCCAAGCACACUGCCCCCCGAGCUGCCCUCUGGACCCCCAGGGCUCCCCAGCCCUCCACUCCCUGAGGAGGCCCUGGGCACCCGGAGUCCUGGGGAUGGGCACAAUGCCCCCGCUGAAGGACCCGAGGGCGAGUACGUGGAGCUGCUGGAAGUGACACUGCCUGCGAGGGGGAGCCCCACAGAUGCUGAGGGCUCCUCGGGCCUCUCCAGGACCCGGACGGUACCCACCCGAAAGGGUGCUGGAGGAAAGGGCCGGCACAGGAGACACCGGGCCUGGAUGCACCAGAAGGGUCUGGGGGCCCGGGACCAGGAUGGGGCACGCCCACCUGGUGAGGGAAGCAGCACUGGAGCCUCCCCCGGGUCUCCCCCUGCAGCUGAGGCUCUCCCAGAAGCGACAGCCCUAGAGGUAUCUGAGUCUCCAGCAGAGACAUUGGGGGAAUCCUCUGAAUCUUGCCCCCUGAGGCCAGGGGAGGUUGGGGGAGGAGCAGGCCAGGGGGCUGAAGGACCACCCGGCACCCCUCGGAGAACAGGCAAAGGAAACAGGAGAAAGAAACGUGCUGCAGGCAGAGGGGCUCUUAGCCGAGGAGGGGACAGUGCUCCACUGAGCCCUGGGGACAAGGAAGAGUCCAGCCAUCAGGAAGUCCAUGUCAGUCUGCCCCCGCCAAAUGAGCAGGAGCUUCCAGGAUGCAGCCCGGUUGAGGAGGAGCACAAAGGCUCAGAGAAGCCAGAGUCUGAGCUGAAAGAGGAGCUCGGACCAGCAGACAAAAAAGAGUCUCGGCCCCCAGAAGCCUGUGGACCUAUAGAAGAGACGGCCAGAAAGAAGGAGCAGGAGGGCCCCAGCCUAGUAUGCAUGGCAGGACCCACAGGUCCAGAAGGGCUUCCAUCAGACCCACCAACACCACCCUUGGAGGCUGUGCAGGAAAUGAAAGGGGACAGUGUCCCAGAAGAGGCCUCUCCAGUCUCCAUCUCUGAUGACCCGGAUGUAGCUUGGGACUUGAUGGCAUCUGGAUUCCUUGUCCUGACUGGAGGGAUGGACCAGAGUGGGCGAGCUCUGCUGACCAUUACCCCACCAUGCCCUCCUGAAGAACCCCCACCCUCUCAAGACAUGCUGAGCACUGCUCUUCAUUACCUCCACUCAUUGCUCAGGCCUGAUCUCCAGAUAUUGGGGCUGUCCAUCCUGCUGGACCUUCGAAAGGCACCCCCACUGCCUCCAGCACUCAUUCCUGUUCUAAGUCAACUUCAGGACUCAGGAGACCCUCCUCUCAUUCAGCGUCUGCUGCUUCUCACUCAUGAUGACCCUCUGACUGAAUUCUAUGGACUUCAGGGCGCUGAGUUGGUGUCAGAAAGUGAUCUGAAAAGAGUGGCCAAGCCAGAGGAGCUGCCGUGGGACUUGGGAGGUCACAGGGAACCCUCGCCCAGUUACUGGGUAGAGACACACCAGGAAGUGGCAAGGCUGUGCCUUCUGUGUCAAGGUGUGCUGUGCUCUGUGCGGCAAGCCAUUGAGGAGCUGGAGGGAGCCGCAGAGCCAGAAGGAGAGGAGGCUGUAGGAAUGCUUGAGCCCCUACAGAAGGUGCUGGCAGAUCCCCGACUGACGGAGCUGCAGAGGGAUGGGGGAGCCAUCCUGAUGAGGCUGCGCUCCACCCAUAGCAGCAAGCUGGAGGGCCCUGGCCCCGCUACACUGUACCAGGAGGUGGAUGAAGCCAUUCACCAGCUCGUGCGCCUCUCCAACCUGCAUGUACAAGAGCAGGAGCGGAGGCAGCGUCUACACCGACUCCAGCAGGUGCUACAGUGGCUCUCAGGCCCUGGGGAGGAGCAGCUAGCAAGCUUUGCUGUGCCUGGGGACUCCCUGUCUGCCCUGCAAGAGACAGAGCUACAGUUCCGGGCUUUCAGCACUGAGGUUCAGGAGCGCCUGGCCCAGGCCCGGGAGGCCUUGGCCCUGGAGGAGGACACCACCUCCCAGAAGGUUCUGGAUGUUUUUGAACAGCGGCUGGAGCAGGUUGAGAGUGGCCUCCAUCGGGCCCUGCGGCUACAGCGCUUCUUCCAGCAGGCACAUGAAUGGGUGAAUGAAGGUUCUGCUCGGCUGGCAGGAGCGGGACCGGGUCGGGAGGCAGUGCUAGCAGCCCUGGCCCUGCGGCGGGCCCCGGAGCCGAGCGCCGGCACCUUCCAGGAGAUGCGGGCCCUGGCCUUGGACCUGGGCAGCCCUGCAGCCCUGCGAGAAUGGGGCCGCUGCCGGGCCCGCUGCCAAGAGCUGGAGAGGAGGAUUCAGCAACACCUGGGAGAGGAGGCGAGUCCACAGGGCCACCGGCGACGACGGGCAGACAGCACCAGCAGCGGAGGGGCCUCCCGGGGCCCCCACAGCCCCUCGCCCAGCCUUAGCUCCCUGCUGCUCCCCAGCAGCCCUGGGCCACGUGCAGCCCCAUCCCAUUGCUCCCUGGCGCCCUGUGGGGAGGACUGUGAAGAGGAGGGCCCUGACUUGGCUCCAGAGGCAGAGGGCAGGUCUCCAAGGACCGUGCUGAUCCGAGGCCUGGAAGUCACCAGUACUGAGGUGGUCGACAGGACGUGCUCACCCCGGGAACAUGUGCUGCUGGGCCGAGCUGGAGGUCCAGACGGGCCCUGGGGAGUAGGCACCCCCCGGAUGGAGCGCAAGCGAAGCAUCAGCGCCCAGCAGCGUCUGGUGUCGGAGCUGAUUGCCUGUGAGCAAGAGUAUGUGGCCACCUUGAGUGAGCCAGUGCCACCUGGGCCUGAGCUGACUCCUGAACUGAGGGGCGCCUGGGCUGCCGCCCUGAGUACGCGGGAGAGGCUUCGCAGCUUCCACCGGACACAUUUCCUACGGGAGCUUCAGGGCUGCGCCACCCACCCCCUGCGCAUUGGGGCCUGCUUUCUUCGCCACGGGGACCAGUUCAGCCUUUAUGCCCAGUAUGUGAAGCACCGACACAAACUGGAGAAUGGUUUGGCUGCACUUGGCCCCCCAACCAAGGGCUCCACAGAGAGUGGCCCUUACCUGCCCCGCGCCCUGCAGCAGCCCCUGGAGCAGCUUGCUCGGUAUGGGCGGCUCCUGGAGGAGCUCCUAAGGGAAGCUGGGCCUGAACUGAGUUCUGAGCGCCAGGCUCUUGGGGCUGCUGUGCAGCUGCUCCGGGAACAGGAGACCCGUGGCAGAGACUUGCUGGCCGUGGAGGCAGUGCGUGGCUGCGAGACAGAUCUGAAGGAGCAGGGACAGCUCCUGCACCGGGACCCCUUCACUGUCAUCUGUGGUCGAAAGAAGUGCCUUCGCCAUGUCUUUCUCUUUGAGCAUCUCCUCCUGUUCAGCAAGCUCAAGGGCGCUGAGGGGGGGUCAGAGACCUUUGUUUACAAGCAGGCCUUUAAGACUGCUGACAUGGGGCUAACAGAAAACAUCGGUGACAGCGGCCUCUGCUUUGAGUUGUGGUUUCGGCGGCGGCGUGCACGAGAGGCAUACACUCUGCAGGCAGCCUCACCAGAGAUCAAACUCAAGUGGACCAGUUCUAUUGCCCAGCUGCUGUGGAGACAAGCAGCCCACAACAAGGAGCUCCGAGUGCAGCAGAUGGUCUCCAUGGGCAUUGGGAAUAAACCCUUCCUGGACAUCAAAGCCCUUGGGGAGCGGACGCUGAGUGCCUUGCUCACUGGAAGAGCCGCCCGCACCCGGGCUUCCGUGGCCGUGUCAUCCUUUGAGCAUGCCGGCCCUUCCCUUCCCGGCCUCUCACCGGGAGCCUGCUCCCUGCCUGCCCGCGUCGAGGAGGAGGCCUGGGAUCUGGACGUCAAGCAAAUUUCCCUGGCCCCAGAAACACUUGACUCUUCUGGAGAUGUGUCCCCAGGACCAAGAAACAGCCCCAGCCUGCAACCCCCCCACCCUGGGAGCAGCACUCCCACUCUGGCCAGUGGAGGGAUCUUAGGGCUGUCCCGGCAGAGUCAUGCCCGAGCCCUGAGCGACCCCACUACACCUCUGUGACCUGGAGAGGAGGUCCAAGGACCGGCGUGUUUCCCUGCUGCUGUCUCUAGCGCUCUCCAGCCGAGUGCCUUCCUGCAGGAACCAGAGUGACCACACUUGCUUGCCUUCAUACUCCGGAGGUGGAGUAUGAUCCCUCAUCCAGUCCUGCCCCAUCCUGGGCUGCUGCAUACUCCCAGGACACGGCUCCUUGUUAGCCUGAGUUCUCCCCUUCGUCCCAUCCCACCCCGACUCUCCCUGAGAACACUCAUCUCUGCCAGGUCAGCUGUUGUUCCUGGUGACUCCAUUCUGGGGUGUCACAGGAAACAGAGCUAUGCAAACCAUUAUGGGAGGGUGGGGUGGGGAACUGCAAACUUUAUACAUGUAAUUACUGUUAUUAUAAUACUAUUGUUAUAUUAAAUGUAUUUACUCACGCUUUGUCUCAGCAGAGCUAGAGCAGA